AAUAGGUAAUACAAAUUCAUGAAAAUCUAUACUAAUCCAAAAAGUUAUGAUCAAAUUUUAUAAGCCCAUUUAUAUAAAUUUCACAAUCCAUGUAACUUUUAAAAUCUAUCAACUCUUAAAAUUUACAAACUCUUCACAAAUUCAUUUCCUGUUGACCCCCAAUUAUAGGAAACAUAUUUAGAGUAAUACUCGAUUGCGAUUCGAAUCAGCUGAUAAGAUACCUGAGGUUUAUCAAUUUUCGUUUAAAAAAAUAGAUAUUACCAAAACCAAUAAAUAAUUACUAAUGUACCCCUGUCAACUUAGUAUAAAGAACCCUACUCCCCCUCUUUCUUCGACAUCAACAUCUUUCUCCUUCUCUCUCCCACUCACCGGAAAACUCAUUCCGACGUACAUCUCAGGCUUAAGAUUCUCCAAACCUAUUGGAAAAUGGCGAAAGGAGGUAACAAACUGAUGAAGCUAAAGUCAGUCUUGAAGAAGUUCAACUCGUUCAACACCAAGCCAAACCAGCAACCGGCUCCGACCAAUCACGGUCGAUCCUCUGCCGUUAGUGCAUUUCCCUCAGGAGACCUUCACACCGUAUACGUCGGCAGAACACGUCGUCCUUACCAUGUGAGCUCCGACGUCGUGAGCCACCCUCUCUUUCAGGAGCUAGCUGCGGUGGAUGGUGGAUGUGGCGGCGAGGACGGUGCGAUCGCUGUGUCGUGCGAGGUUGUCUUGUUUGAGCAUUUGCUUUGGAUGCUCGAGAAUGCCGACGCCGACGAGUCACGCCCCGAGUCGGUCCACGAACUUGUCGAAUUCUACGCUUAUUAACUUACGAUUAGUUUUAGGUGCAAACAUAUAUAUAUAUAAUUAAUGAUUUGUGUUUUGUAUAUUCUAUACUCUGUAUACUUUACACAGUCUUUUGUUAAAAUCUUUCUUUUCAUUUAAGUGAUACAACAACCAAUAAAUAAAUAUUUCAAUAUGUAAACA